UCGGUAUGACGUAUUUAUGAAAAAUGGCGGCUACCCGCAGCAGUGAGUUUGGUGACUUGGUUCAAAUUAAAAAGCAACUUAUUUCUAUUGUAGCGCAGUGCAAGGAAAGAGGACUCGUCCACAGCGUGAAAUGGGCAUCUGAACUGGCAUUUUCUUUGGAGACCCUUCCUCUGAAUGAGAUCCCUCCACCACCGGAGCUAACUGAGGAGGACGCCCAAGAUUUGGAUGCUCUUUGUCUGGCCAAAUCAUAUUUUGACCUGAAGGAAUAUGAUCGAGCUGCAUAUUUUCUCCGUGGCUGCCGCAGUCAGAAAGCAUAUUUCCUUUAUAUGUAUUCACGCUACCUAUCAGGGGAAAAGAAGAAAGAUGAUGAGACAGUUGAUAGCCUUGGUCCAUUGGAAAAGGGUCAGGUCCGAAACGAAGCCCUGCGAGAACUUCGGGUGGAAUUGAGCAAAAAACAUAGUGCCGGAGAGCUGGAUGGAUUUGCUCUCUAUCUUUAUGGGGUGGUUCUUCGGAAACUGGAUUUGCUGAAGGAGGCAGUAGAGAUCUUUGUCGCUGCGACACACGCUCUCCCUCUGCACUGGGGAUCAUGGCUGGAGCUCUGCAAUCUCAUCACCAACAUUGAAAUGCUGAAGUCCCUGUCUCUGCCUGACUGCUGGGUGAGGGAUUUCUUCAUGGCGCACAUGUACACUGAACUGCAGAUGAUCAAAGAGGCGCUGCAGAAAUAUCAGAGCCUUAUGGAAGCAGGGUUUGCCAAGAGCACCUACAUCAUCUCCCAGAUCGCCGUGGCUUACCAUAACAUACGAGAUAUUGAUCAAGCCUUAUAUCUGUUUAAUGAACUCCGGGAACAGGAUCCUUUUCGCAUCGAAAACAUGGACACGUUCUCCAACCUGCUUUAUGUCCGGAGCAUGAAGCCGGAGCUCAGUUAUCUGGCCCAUAAUCUGGUGGAGAUAGAUAAGUACAGAGUGGAGACAUGCUGCGUCAUAGGUAACUAUUACAGUCUGCGGUCUCAGCAUGAGAAAGCCGCCCUGUAUUUUCAGCGUGCUUUGAAGCUGAAUCCACGCUGUUUGGGGGCCUGGACCCUCAUGGGUCAUGAGUACAUGGAGAUGAAAAACACAUCAGCUGCCAUUCAGGCCUACAGACAUGCAAUUGAAGUGAACAAAAGGGACUACCGGGCCUGGUACGGACUCGGACAGACCUACGAGAUCCUCAAAAUGCCUUUCUACUCACUCUACUACUACAGGAAGGCCCAUCAACUCAGGCCUAACGACUCGCGAAUGCUUGUAGCUCUGGGGGAAUGUUACGAGAAACUGUCUCAGCAAGUUGAGGCCAAAAAGUGUUACUGGAGGGCUUAUUCGGUUGGGGAUGUGGAGAGAAUGGCUCUUCUAAAGCUGGCAAAGCUUCACGAGCAACUGAACGAGUCUGACGAUGCUGCACAGUGCUACAUAAUCUACAUCCAGGAUAUUUUCUCAUGUGGUGAGCAGCUGGAGCAUGCGGAGGUGAGCACCGCUCUGCGCUAUCUAGGCCAGUACUACUUCAAGAACCGACUGUACGACGAGGCGUCUCUCUGCGCUCAGCGCUGCUGCGACUACAACGACGCGCGAGAGGAAGGCAAGGCUUUGUUAAGACAAAUCUCUGCGGUGCGGGAGCAAGGAGAGCCUUCAUCUACAGACUUGUCUUUACCCUGCGUCUUCAACCCUCUGUCCAACAACACCACUCCAGUCAGGAGAGUAUCUCCACUCGACCUGUCGUCUAUUACACCCUAACACAUCCGGGUCGCUUUUUCCACUUAGAAACUAGAUUCAAUUCUGAUGAGCUUUGUUCCCAUAUGCUACAUUGUAAAUAACUGCCUGUACAGACAAAGGUGGCCAUUGUGUUAAAUAAAAUGCUAAAACAUUGAA